AUGGGGUCUUCUCCAUCAGUACCCGAGAAAUCUAUCCAUGAAUUCACUGAUAGCAGAGGUCAGGACGUGAACCUUAGCAUCUAUAAAGGGAAGGUUCUUCUUGUGGUUAACGUCGCCUCUAAAUGUGGAUUUACAGAUUCAAAUUAUACCCAGUUGACUGAUCUUUAUAACAAAUACAAGGACAAAGGUUUUGAAAUCUUGGCGUUCCCAUGCAAUCAAUUUAUGAAGCAAGAGCCUGGGACAAGCGAGGAUGCACAGAACUUUGCUUGUACCAGAUACAAGGCUGAAUAUCCAAUUUUCCAAAAGGUUCGCGUCAACGGACCAAAUGCUGCACCUGUAUACAGGUUCCUCAAGGCAAGUAAACUUGGAUUUAUGGGAAAUAGGAUAAAGUGGAAUUUUACCAAGUUUUUAGUUGACAAGGACGGGCAUGUCCUUGAUCGCUAUAGCACAACCACUACUCCUAUGGCCAUUGAGGCUGACAUCAAGAAAGCACUGGGAGAAAAUCAUCCCAUUGGGGCAAAUUCGGAAGCUUCCCCAUUUGCCGAACUUUACCACACAAUACGAGGAAUGGGGACAGGCUUUAGAACGUGGACAAUGGCCCAAGAGCACACUUGUCGCAUUCUCGAUCCACUAACUCCAAACAGGUUGGCCCCUUAUGAGUCAUUACCAAUGCGGCAAGGUCUCUGUAAGGUUGUCUCUGGACAACGAAGUAACACAGCCAUUGUGCAAUAG